UUGUGAAGAGAGGGGACAGCCGAUGGCCAAAGAACCCACACCAGCAACCAUGACCGACAAGAAGAAAACCACCAAGGAGAGCGAACCAACCCCCAAAAUACUACACGAAACACAUCAAAAGUCUAAGGAUAAAAAUGCCGCAUCCUCAGUAGGACCUUCAAGCAGCAAAUCCGCCGAAUCAUUCGAAGAGAAAAACCGGAGGACCGUCUUCGUAGGAAAUGUACAUAUCGAUUGCGUCAAGAAUAAAUCAGCCUCUCGUGCUCUGCUGGAACAUCUUUUGAAUCCAUCGAAAGAAGAGAGCGGAGGAUUAGCGCCGCAAGCGCGAAUAGACUCGAUCCGAUAUCGAGGGAUACCAUUAGCGACGCCGAUCGGGAGCGAGCCGCCGAAGGACCAGCAUGGGAGCAAGCGUUCCAAGGCCUGGCAAGACUCGCAAGCAGCAGGAGGGACACGGCCAUCCUUCGACGAUGCUGCCGGCGGGAGUGCCGGACGUCGAGGUGCCAAGCCCCUGGAAUCGAGCGAAUCCACCCUGCCAACGGUCAAGUUCUUGACGGGCGGUCAGAAACGCAAGAUCGGAUAUGUGACUGGCGAUAUCCAUCCUGAAGCCAAAUCAUGUCUUGCAUACGUCGUCAUUGCUCCUCCUCCUCCUCCCCCGCCAUCAUCAUCUACUACCACAUCCUCCUCUCACCCAUCCGCACACCUUUCGGCCAUCGAAUUAGCCCAACUGAUCGUCGCCAAAAGCGACGGAACCAGCUUCAUGGACCGCGUCAUUCGAUGCGACAUGGCCUCCCAACCGCCAUCCAAGAAAACCCCCAACAACCCGUCAAGUCAUACGAUCGAUAACAAGGAACAACGCCGGACGCUGUUUAUCGGUGGUCUGGACUUCGUCGAGGAGGAAGACUCGAUUCGGAAGGCGGUCGAGAGUAAACUGGUGGAGGAGAAGAAGGGACUGCCCGAGGGCGCUGCUACUUGGGUCGAACGAGUCCGAGUGGUCAGGGAUAAAGCUACCUCGCUCACUAAAGGAUUUGCUUACGUUUUGUUAAGAACACAAGAUGCAGUAGAAGAAAUGUUGGCACUACCUGAAGGAAGUUUCAAGAUUGGAAAACGGAGGGUACGGUUGCAAAAGUAUCUAUCGAGUGGGCAAUCCUCAGCAUUAAAAAGAGUACGAGAACCGACGACGAAGAAUGGAGAGAAGAGGGGCGGCAAACCAAACCCACUGAAUCCGAGCCAAGACUCAACCAAGAGGCCUCGAAUCGACUUGACAAAGGAGAUCCAGACCACGUAUCAAGGGCCCGACCAAUCCCAGGAAUUGGCCCUCUUGGAUAAAUCCGAACGCAAGAAGAUCAAAUCGGCUAAUCAAGCUAGAGUCGAAAGAAGAAUGCUCAAGAAACAGAAUCAGCUGAAAAUCAAAAUCUUGAACUCGCAGAAAUCUUCUCACAAGAAACAGGAGUUUCAUAAUACUCUCAAGCCCUUCAAAAAAUCCGUCGUUCAUAAACUCGCUUCUAUUAAGGAUACUAAGAAUAAUAAUAAGAAUAAGGCUUUCAAGAACAAGAAUAAAUCCAAAGUUGAAUCAAAGUCAUCUGAUUCUUAAUGGUUCUCUAAGAAUUCUACUUGUUUUUUUUUCCUUCUUUGCAAAUUGUCACUUUCUUUCUCUCUCUUUCAAGAUAUGCUGAGUCUG